AUGGCCGCCUCGAUGACCGCCAAGUCGUCCGCCUUCCUGGCGCCGCGCGCGCUGGUGCCCCAGGCCCCGGCGGGCGCCCCCCGGGGACGUCCGGUCCACUGGGAAGUGCGAUGCGGGGCCUACGACGAGGAGCUUGUCGCCACCGCCAACAGCAUCGCUUCCGCCGGACGCGGCAUCCUGGCCAUGGACGAGUCCAACGCGACCUGCGGCAAGCGCCUGGACUCGAUUGGCGUGGAGAACACCGAGGACAACCGCCGCACCUACCGCGAGCUGCUGGUGACGACCCCCGGGCUGGGCCAGUAUAUUUCCGGCGCCAUCCUCUUCGAGGAGACGCUGUACCAGAGCGCCAGCGACGGCCGCACCUUCGUGCAGUGCCUAAAGGAGCAGAACAUCGUGCCCGGGAUCAAGGUGGACAAGGGGCUGGUGCCGAUGACCAACUCCAACGGCGAGUCCUGGUGCCAGGGGCUGGACGGCCUGGCGCAGAGGUGCGCGGAGUACUACAAGGCCGGCGCCCGGUUCUGCAAGUGGAGGUCGGUGGUCAGCAUCCCCGGAGGGCCCACCCCCAUGGCGCUCAGGGACUGCGCCUACGGCCUGGCGAGGUACGCCGCGAUCGCGCAGGAGGCCGGCCUCGUGCCGAUCGUCGAGCCGGAGGUGCUGCUGGACGGCGACCACGACAUCGACACGACCUUCAAGGUGGCCCAGGACAUCUGGGCCGAGACCUUCAAAUACCUGGCCGACAACAAGGUCCUGUUUGAGGGCAUCCUCCUGAAACCCUCCAUGGUGACCCCCGGCGCCGAAUGCCCCAAGAGGGAGUCCCCCGAGACCGUGGCUGACUAUACCCUCAAGAUGCUGAAGAGCCGCGUGCCGCCGGCCGUGCCUGGCAUCAUGUUCUUGUCUGGCGGCCAGUCCGAGAUGGAGGCAACGCUCAACCUGAACGCCAUGAACCAGUCGCCCAAUCCCUGGCACGUGUCCUUCUCUUAUGCCCGCGCCCUCCAGAACUCUGUCCUGAAGACGUGGCAAGGAGAUGCGAGCAACUCCAAGGCUGCCCAGGAGGCUCUCAUCAAGCGCGCCAAGGCCAACAGCAUGGCUCAGCUCGGCAAGUACGACCCCGCUGAGGAGUCUGCCGAGGCAGGCAAGGGCAUGUACGAGAAGGGCUACACCUACUGA